AUGAAUACUUCAAAAAGUAUAUAUGAUCAACCUCUCAAUAAUUCAAUUUCAAAACAAAGGUAUACCUUUUCAAAAGCUCCUCGUGAAACCUAUUCAACUAAAUAAAUAAAUGGAUCUAUGUACAACCUUCCUGAUAGUUUAAGCAAGAGAAUGGCUGGAAUUGGUUUUGGCUCAAAACAUGAUUUUACAAAAUACGUUAAAUAGGUUCCUGCUCCAAACAAAUAUGAUAUCAAGAGUUUCGCUGAAUUGAACAUUGAAGAAAAGAAAGGAAUUCAAUUUGCUUUGGGCAGAGAAGAUACUUGGUUAUAAGGAAUAUGGGCAACUCUAACAUAAACCACUCCCCCUCCAGAUCGCUAUUAAAUACCAAGCACAGUUACAAGAAGACAGAAGUUUACUUUUGGGUAAAGAACGCAAUCAUUACAGAAGUUUAAUACUCCAGGACCUGGCAAUUAUGAGUAUGUGUAAGCCAUAACAUAAAAAGGAGUCUAUCCACUCUCUAAGUUUCAAAACUCAGGAGCCUGCAUCAUUGGAAAAGAUCAAGAGAGAUUUAAGACUUUCGGAGUAAAUGAUUAUCCUGAACCAGGCAGAUACUCGGUGGAGAAUACAAGUAUUAAUUAAUCAGGCAUUUACCCAAAGAAUGGGAUGAGAUCUGCAGUGCAAUAGACUUUUAGUAAGUCUACAAGGAAAGGACCUUAUGAAAUAAAUAAAGUCACCCCUGGUCCAGGAAGAUAUAAAAUGUUUUCAGAAUUUGAUUAAUGA